AUGCCUCCUCCUUCCUUCUCCCACCCGGCCUCGACGGUGUCGAUCCCGAGGUCGGUCCAGUCCUGGAUCAAGGAUGUCUGCCAAAAGAUGCGCGCCGCGCUCCUCGCCACCGACGACGCCCAGCGCGCAGAGCUCAUUCGCACCAUUGCAAACUCGGUCACCGCGCAGGUAGACUCGCUCGAGGCCAGCGCCAAUGCCGAGGCCAAAAAGGACCCAGCACAGGCCGGCGCUUCCUCGUCGUCCACCGCACAGAUCAAAGCGCAGGUGGCCGCAAAGAUCAACGUCAGCCUGCUCGACAUCUUCCACGGAGAGCUCGAAAAGCAGCAGCAGCAGAAGCUUCCCGUCGUCGUCGAGCUGCUCCACGUCCUGCUGCCCCUCAUUGGCACCCACUGCAUCGUGAUGAGCUGGUGGGAUCUUGUCCUCCGCCCGCUCCUCAAGAGCUCAGCCGUCCAAAAUGCCACAGCCAGCAAGGCGCGCGAGCUCGCCGUCGCCGCCAUGGCGGCCGCGCCAGCGUCUGCGUACGAAGAUGAGCCCGCUCCGAUCCCCCAGUGGCCGGCACCCUCGGCGCAGCAGUCCAUGCGACAGGCCGGAGAUGCGCCGUACCCCAUCACCUCGGUCACGCCUCAGUCGCAGCAGGCUCGCAAGUCUCAGCUGGACAAGCCGGCGCACUCGACAGCGGCGUCCUCUUCCCUGCGUUCCACGUCUGUCGGCUCCUCGGCCGCCAGUCGAGUUGACCAGUAUCGCCGCUUUACGCAGCGCAUCUUCGAUCUCUACAUUUCCGAGACGGCGACCACCUUCGCAGCCUCCAGCAGCCGGGACGGACCGGGCGGCAGCUCACAGGCCGGCAACGAAGAGACAGGCGCGCACGCCGAUGAUCGGUCCACGAUGCACGAGGACGAGAUGAGCAUCGUCUGGCGCGGUAACCUCGAGUCGACUAUCCUGAUCUACAGCAACCAGAGGCCAAAGGAGUUCUUCCACCACAUUGCAGAGUCGUUCGUCGAGCCCACGGGGCGGGUUUCGCUGCUCUGCCUGCUCACCACCUUCCUGCGGCUCUAUACCAUCCACACCUAUCACAUCACGUCGACUGCGUUGCCGAGACUGCUGGUCCUCUCGCUGCAGCUCGACACCUCGACCACGUGCACCGCGCUUGGCGUCACGGCCCUCGUCAUGCUGAUGCCGCACAUCCCGGACUACAUCGCCAACGGCGGCGGCGGCGGACUUUCGACGCUGCUGGCCAUCUACGGGCGCAUUGUCGACUGGCGCAAGCUCGGAAGCGGCUGGGAGGACCGCGUGGGCGGCGGCACGGAGCUCGAGGCGUUGCGAAGGGAAAAGGACGAAGAGUACACAGAGAUCGAUCGACUCGGCAAGCGUCUCAACAUCAAGGCCAGCCUGCGCUGGAGGAGGCUCGAGUCGACAUUCGACACUGCGGACUCGGUGCCGCCCAACGCCGAGCAGCUCUUCACCUACCUCUACGGCCUCUUCCCGUGCAACGUGAUCCGCUUCCUCCGCGCGCCGAUCUACUACCUGCGCGAGACGCUCUUCGACAGCCCGUUCGAGGGCCCCUGGGAGGACAUGAUCGAUGAGAUGGCCGUCCAGAGCCGCAGCCAUCCGAUCCUUCGCCGCCACACGCUUCACCCGGCGCUGAUCAGCCUCAAUGCCGAGCGGGAGCUCACCGACAAGCAGCGGUGGCUCAAGCACGACUCGGCCGACAUCAACGCCGAGUGCAUGAGCCUCUUCCUCGGCAAGUGGCACGACGUCAACAACGAUCACAUCAAACAGGCCGAGCGCGAGCGUCACGUUUUCUUUGAGGCCGACACCGGCAUCGACGACGACAGCAUGUCGGUGCCCUCGGAGCGGAAGCCCAACCAGAGCGGUGGAGCGAUGCGGAGGCGAUCUUCAGGCCCGCAUCCUGGGUCCUUCAUGAGCGAGAUGGCACGCAACUUCCACCACCUACCAACCACGGUCAGCCCGGAUGGCAUCCUGCUGACCUAUGCGUCGCUGCGCUCCGGAGCGCCGCUGGCGUCCAACCUCUCGGGCGGGCACGGCGACGAGUCCGGCUCGCGCGAGUCGCGGCAGGCAAGCGGAUCUGGCUCCAGCCUUCGCAUGAUACCCGCCGUGUCGGCCACCGCCGCGACGAGCACGGCCACGGCAAGCGGCGUGCCAUCGUCGGUCCCUGGCUCCCCGGCGACGCACGCUGCACGGGCGCGGGCACGAACGCGAUCCGGCUCGAUGUCUUCGGUGAUCUCGCUGCUGCCACCGGCACCUGGAUCCCCGACGAGCAAGCAGCACCCGCUCUCGACCAGCUUCUCGCCCGUCGACCAUAGUGUGCCCGAUCCGAUCGACACGACUCACAGCACCAAGCCCGCGAGCUCUUCGGAGCUCGCCUUUGUGCACCGCGAGAAUCUGCUCCUGCGCAAUGAGCUCAACUUUGAGCUCUACCUCAAGGAGCAGCACCUCCGUCAUAUCGGCAAGCUGCACCGCGACCGCGUCACCGACACGGCGCUCGAGGCCGAACGGCAGAACCUCUACCACACGGUGCGAUCGCUGCGGGGCCAGCUGACGGCGAUGAACACCAUCCUCGACCGGCAGAGGAGCGAGGCGGCAACGACCAAGAACAGGCACGUUCACUGGGAGGCCGAGCUCAACAACAAGCUCAAGGCGUACCGCGAGGAGCGCAAGGCGUGGACCACCGAGGCGCGCCAGCUCAAGGCGCAGGCCGAGGAGAGCGCCGCCACGAUCGCGGCCCUGUCGCGCCAGCUCGAAGAGUCUGGUGCGGAGCUGUUUGAGCUCAAGACGCGGCUCCAGUCGGUCGAACCCAAGGUGGCCCGGAUCGAGCAGUACGAGGCCAAGCUGAGCCAGCUCACCACCUGCCUCACCCACUGGGACAACGACGUCCUGCGAUACCAGGAGCAGCGCAAGGAGAUGGAACGCCUCCUGUCGCGAUGGGAGGAGAUGGUGUCGAUGCUCGAGAGCACCGAGGCGGCGCUGCAGCACGCCGAAAUGGGUCGGCGCAAGCUCGAGGCGGAGAACGAGAGCGUCAAGGCGCAGCUCGAGGCCGCAUUUGCAAGGCUCCGCGCCGUUCAAAGUGGCGAGCAAGCCGGAGAUGUCGAGAGCAACGAGGCAAAGCGCGGUGACUCGGUGGCAGCGGAGGAACUGGGCCAGGAGCGAGGACGGACACAGAGUCAGGGCCAGGGCCAGGGCAGAUCGGCUCCGACAUCCACGGCGAUGGUCGACGCGCUGGCCGCGGCGCAAAAGGAGCGAGACGACCUCCGGAGCCAGAACGAGGCGCUGGCCGAGAUGAUCCUCGACCUCAAAGCCAGGCUCGAGGCGGGCGAGGCCGAGGGCGCCUACCGGGACAGCCUGGCUCGACAUGCGGCACUGCUCGCCGGCCAAACCGAAGGCAAAGAUCAGCAGCAGCAGCAGCAGCAGCAGCAUGCCGACGAGCAAACUGCCGCCGACGAGGAAGCGGAUCAAAAGGAUGACGAGGCGGCACAGGACGGCGAAGACGCAACGUUGGCUUCAGCAGUGGAGGAAAGCGCGAACGAGGGCAAGGAGGAGGCGGAAGACGGAUGA